AUGCCAGAUUCCAAGAAAGAUAUUGAGCGAAAAAAGAAAGACAUGAUAGAAAAAUUGAAAAGUGGUGAAUUAAUAGCCCACGCUGGACCACCAUUAGCAUCACAUGAAUUCUUUUGGGAACAUUUGUCACGUAUUAAAUAUUCAAAUGAUCAAUAUCAACCAUUUGUACAAUGUCAAUUAUGUUAUGAAAUAUUAUCAUAUUCGAUUUCGAAUGGAACAUCGACAAUAAGCUCUCAUGUCACAAACUGUCUUGAUAAAUCAAAUCAAAUAAAAAAAGAAUAA